UAUGUAUAAAUGCUAAAGGAUUAGUAUGAGGUAUUUAAGUGCUAUUUAGCGGCGGCUUAGUGUUCUCCCUCCUCUUGUAAACCCAUUUCAACAUCCCAAUGAGCUGAAAAAACCGAAAUGCCCUUCCCCAUCACCAUCUCCGCUCUCUCACUCCCUCACCUCCAACGAGCCCAUGCUCUCCUCACAACGUCCGGCCUCAUCUCCGACCUCUUCUUCUCAAACAACCUCAUCUCCUCCUACUCCAAAUGUGGCUCUGUAUCUUCUGCCCGCCAACUGUUCGAUCAAAUUCUCCACAGAGACUCUGUCACUUGGAACUCCCUUCUCUCCGCCUUCGCCCACAACAACCUCUUCUCCGAUGCUUUUCACCACUUCCGUCAGAUGCUUAUCUCAUAUGUACCCCCGACGAAGCUUACUGUCAUUCCUUUGCUCAAACUCUGUGCUAACACCUCACAUUGUGUCUCUACUUCACGUGCUGUCCACAGUUUUGUUGUUAAGAUUGGUUUGGAGUCGGAUGCUAUGGUUUCGAGCUCACUUGUUGGAGUUUAUGCCAAGUCUGGGCUUUUGGAUGAGGCCAAGUGUUUGUUUGAUGGGAUGAUCGAUAGAGAUGUUGUCUUGUGGAAUGUGAUGAUUAAGGGGCAUGCUCAACUGGGUUUUGGGAAAAAGUCCUUCUUGAUGUUCUCGGAGCUUCAUCGCAGUGGAACACUUCGGCCUGAUGCAAUCAGCGUUCGUUGUGUUCUUAUGGGGUUAGAAACUGGCAGAGAAUUUGAACAAGUUCGGUCUUAUGGGAUUAAGUCUUGCCUUUUGGAGGAUAUUUCAGAUGUGAUAACUUGGAACAAGAGAUUGUCGGAGAAUGUCCAGGACGGCAAGUUUGAUGAUGUGUUGAAUCGCUUUGUAGAAAUGAAGAGGAAGGGUGUUGGAGUUGAUAAUGUGACUUUUGUCAUUGUUCUUAGCGCAGUCACCAAUGAAGAGUGUUUUGAAUUGGGGAAACAGAUUCAUGUACUGGCAAUGAAGGAAGGAUUUCAUUCAGAUACUCCCGUGUCAAAUAAUCUUAUUAACUUGUAUGCGAAGAUGAACAGUUUGGAUGCUGCAAGAACAGUUUUUGACAGGAUGAAGGAAUUGGAUUUGGUUUCCUGGAACUCGAUGAUAUCCGCUAAUGUUCAAAGUGGUCUAGAUAUUCAGUCGAUUGACCUUUUCAUGGACAUGACAAAGAAUGGAUUUUUUCCAGAUCAUUACACAUUGACGAGCAUUUUGAGGGCAUGCUUGGGGAUAACUGCAAGCUCUUCCAUACAUGAACAAGUUCACACAAUUUGCAUCAAAAUGGGACUUUUAAGUGAUUUUUUUGUAUUAACAGCAUUAAUUGAUACUUAUGCCGAAAAGGGCAACAUGGAAAGAGCUAGGAUUCUAUUUGAAGGCAUGGAUUGGUUUGAUCAUGCUGCUUGCAAUGCAUUAAUCAGUGGUUACAUAAAAAACAAUGAUAAUAGUUCUGCACUAAACCUCUUUGCAUCAUUGCAUCAAAGUGGUGGGAGGUCAAAUGAUUUUUCAUUAGCAACUGUUCUCAAGGCCUGCAGUGGCCUUGUGGCCCUUCAGCUAGGAAAACAGAUUCAUGCAUAUGCAGUUAAACUUGGGUUUGAUUCAAAUGUCUGUGUGAGUAGCAGUAUCUUAGACAUGUACAUCAAAUGUGGCAAUAUGCUAGAUUCUUCUGCAGCUUUUAGUGAUAUCCAUGAACCUGAUGAUGUUGCUUGGACAGCCAUGAUCUCUGGGUAUGUUGAGAAUGGGAAUGAAGACUAUGCUCUCAAUCUCUUCCAUCAAAUGAGGAAAUUGGGAUUAUUGCCUGAUGAGUUCACUCUGGCUUCCUUAGUCAAGGCUUGUUCAUGCUUGGCUGCACUUGGGCAAGGAAGGCAAAUUCAUGCAAUUGUAAUUAAGCUUGACCAUGCUUCUGAUUCUUUUGUGGGGACCUCAAUGAUGGAUAUGUAUGCAAAGUGUGGGAACAUAGAAGACUCUUAUGAACUUUUUAAGAGGAUGGACUUUAAAAAUAAUGUCUCAUGGAAUGUUAUGGUGCUUGGAUUUGCGCAACAUGGAAAAGCUGGGAAAGCACUUGACCUUUUCAAUAAGAUGGUAUCAUACGGGUUGCAACCUGAUAAAAUUACCUUUCUUGGUGUCCUCUCAGCCUGCAGCCAUUCAGGAUUAGUCUCCAAAGCAUAUAACUAUUUUGACUCUAUGUUUAGGGAUUAUGGAAUUAAGCCAGAAGCAGAGCAUUAUUCUAGUUUAGUUGACGCUCUUGGUCGUGCUGGGCUUCUUAGCAAGGCAGAAGAAGUUAUUGAUACGAUGCCUUUUAAUGCUUCCUCGUCUACAUAUAGGGCUUUGCUUGGUGCUUGUAGGAAUCAGCGUAAUAUGGAACUCGGGGAGAAAAUAGCAAAUAAGCUUUUGUUGCAGGAACCUCAAGAUGCGUCUGCUUAUGUUCUUAUGUCAAAUAUAUAUGCUACUUCCAACAAAUGGGAUGGUGUAACUAAUGCUAGGAGAAGCAUGAAGUGCAAGAAUAUAAGGAAAGAUCCGGGUUACAGUUGGAUUGAAGUAAAGAAUAAGAUGCAUAUGUUUGUUGUGGAUGACAAGUCUCAUCCUGAGAAUCAAAUUAUAUAUGAUGAACUAGAGGAUUUGAUAAGAAGGAUUAAGCAUGAGGGGUAUGUGCCCAAUACAGAGGUUGUGCUUUUAGAUGUUGAGGAAGAAGAAAAAGAGCGAUCUCUUUACUAUCACAGUGAGAAAUUAGCUAUUGCUUAUGGCCUUUUAAGAAUUCCAGCUCCUCAGAAAAUUCGGAUUAUCAAGAACCUUCGCGUUUGUGGGGAUUGCCAUAAUGCAAUCAAAUACAUGUCCAAAGUUUCUAGACGUGAGAUCGUUUUAAGGGAUGGCAGCCGUUUUCACUGCUUCGGAGAUGGAAAGUGCAGCUGUGGUGAUUACUGGUGACUCAACAUAAUUUUUCUUUUAUUUUGCACCUAGUGAUGUACCUUCUUUUGAAGGAUGAUAGCAUGGAGGGCUAUUUUCUAUUUGGUUAUAUAUCAGAUAAAGCUUCCAAGUCCUACCAUUUUGGGUGAAGGCAAGGCGGAAACCCAGAAUCAUGCCAUUAUAUUUACACGAGGUGAAGGUUUACAGACUACAGACAUGAAACAGGACAACUAUCUGGUAGAGGCCUUCAAAUUGAGAAAUUUGCCGCAAGAAUUUGUGGGGAAAAAAAAUAAUGGUUUGAGACAGCCAUCUAUCCUUGGAGUUAGAGUGUACAUAUUUACUGGGAGUGUUUCUUCUCUUGCAUGGUUUUUGUCGAACCAGGAGACUAGCUUUGUUACAAUUGGCUAACGGUUGCUUGCAAACCCUCUUAGGUUUCAAUUCCACUCUUCGUGAUGGUAGUGUUACUCAUCACGAACACAUGCAAGUCGGUAAGGAGAGAUAUGUGGGUCUUAGGCUCUGUUUGGCAAAACUAGCUGAAAGCUGCGAGAUUAUAGCUAAAAGCUGUCAAGCUAGCUGAAAGCUGUGAAAUUAUAGCUGAAAGCUGAUAGCUGUGUAGCUAGCUGAUUGACUAGAGCUGUUUAGCAAAAG